AUGCUCCUCGGUCAGCUUUUCCUGCUUUUGAUAUGCAUCUUUGGAGUAUGUCAGGCAGAUCCCGCGCCGUCGGUGAUGACGACGGAGGAGCUCCACCAAAAAGCUCUUGAUCUCUUCGACUUCGCGUGGGGCUCCUACCUCAAACAUGGUUUCCCAGCGGAUGAAGUAAGACCCAUCUCUUGCGCGCCACUUGGUCCUUCACGCGAUCUUGAUGACACUGCUAUCAAUGACUCAUGCGGCAACUUCUCGUCGACCUUGAUUGAUAAUCUGGAUACGCUAGCCCUGUUAGGCGACGUUCCACGGUUUGCUGAGGCGGUUUCGAUGGUUAGAGAGCAGUUUUGGGACUCGCGCGUGCUAUUUAACCGGGAUACAACGGUGCAGGUAUUUGAGACGGACAUUCGUAUUUUGGGAGGGCUGUUAUCUGGGCACCUGUUCGCGUUGCGUCUGAUCCCGGAUCAAUACGAUAACUUUCUUUUGGAGCUCGCCAAGGACCUCGGAGCACGGCUAGUACUUGCGUAUGAGUCACCAACGCGAUUUCCAUUUCCUCGUACUAAUCUGGCGAAAGGUCCAGCAGCAGUUCCAAAACGUGCGCAGAGCCUCGCGUGUACAUCUGGGGUAUCCACUCCAGUGCUCGAAAUGACACUCCUUUCACGUCUUAGUGGUGAUCCAAGGUUUGAGCUUUGGAGUGUGAAUGCGUUUGGAAUGGUGUGGAAUAUGCGUUCUGAUCGGGAUCUUUUAGCCAUGACCCUGGAUCCUUAUGAUGGUAAAUGGCUGGAUAGAGUUUCCGGAGCCGGAGCUUCCAUCGAUUCAUUCUACGAGUAUGCACUCAAAUUUGCGAUUUUGUUUGACGAUUCGAGAUUUGCAGGAGUGUGGGAUGAUGUUUAUGCUGCUGUUUUAAAGCAUUCUGGCGAUUUUCUCGCUUUCAAUCUCGAUUUCGAGAGCGGUACCGUCGUCACACCAUGGAUAGAUUCACUCAGUGCUUUUUUACCAGGUUUACAGGUUCUUUCGGGGGAUAUUUCUACAGCUCAGCGAUUUCACGGGCUGUUUUCGAAGGUUUGGAAUGCCUUUGGUGGGCUUCCAGAACGCUGGAACUUCCAAUCGCUUGCUCCGUCCAUUGACGGGGCCGUUUCGCUCGAAUGGUGGCCUCUGAGGCCCGAAUAUAUCGAAAGCACCUACCACCUUUACCGAGCAACUAAGGAUCCUCUCUAUCUGCAGAUUGCUGCAAAUUUUGUGGAAAGGCUGCAGGAGUUGUUCCGUGAGGAUUGUGGUUUUUCCGGCAUGCAGGACGUUCGUUCAGGUGAACGGCAGGACCGCAUGGAGAGUUUCGUUAUAGGAGAAACCCUCAAGUAUCUUGUUUUACUAUUUGAUGAUUCUAAUGAGAUUCAUUCGAAGCUCUCUAAUGUGGUUUUUUCCACAGAAGCCCAUCCCUUGUGGUACGAUGCUUCCUCGGCGAUUCCCUAUACCGUCGAGCAGGUGAAGGAAGUGCUUCAAACUAUGCUCACAGACAAUUAUUGGUUCUCGAAACGAUUGCCAUAUCUAUACCUUGAUGACCAUAUGUACAACUUUGUGCAACAGCAUCUACCGAGUUAUUUGGACAAAGUCAGACCUGUUGCUGAAGCUGCACAGCCACACAGAAAAGUCCAAAACGGUCUUGUUCUCGAAGACGCCUACAACCUAGACAGAUGUGAUGUUCCAAAACUAGAUGAUCCUUUUACUUCGUCGCGCGUCAUCGAUCCGGAUUUUGAUACACCGGCGCGGAUGUAUGCGUCUACUUUGGUUCGGCCGGAUCAUCUCCAGAAUAUCUCAUUCGAACUGGACGCGGAGCAAGAUACCGUUUUUCGCGAGACCUUUGUGAACUCCCAUAUACCAACAUGCAAUGCGUAUGAGCCUGAUCUUGCGCAGAUUUCACCCGAUCCGGAUAAAAAAGGGGCUCUUCAGCGUAUUCGCUCAGGACCAGGUGGUGUCCAAGCAGGAGACUAUUACGUUACCUCUCCAUCCCACGCCGAGAUAAUUGUCGAUAUGCAAUCAAACUUGCCUCUACGCGAUGAACUAGCUGGAAGUUCGCGAAACCUUUCUCAAUGCAUCGGUAUUAAUGCUUUGGUCGAGACUUCCUCGGAGCUGCGAUACUGGCGCAUCUGGAAGUUGCUGGGCCGCAAGCUUGCUUCGGACGAGAUUCUUUGGGUUGAUCCAUCUUAUGAGGGUGGAUUUUUUCAUUUUGACAUGGCUGGAUGUGCAUAUGCCUUACCAGUUCCAGAGUUUGCAGUGUUGAUUGAAAAUAUGCGAAUGGUGGUCGAGACCAACGAGUAA